AUGGACGCUGCAGAAGAAGCGAUCGUUGACCCGCCGGCAGAGGAAUCUCCCGAAAUCGGAUCCUCAUCCGCCCAAGGACUCUCAAAAAACGCUCAGAAGAGACUGGCCAAGGCAGCGCGUAGAACGGAGCAGAAGAAGGAGCGACGCGCGGCAGAGAAGGAACGCAAAAAAGAGAAGAAGCGCGUACAGGCGGAAAAGCGAGUCGCCGGUGAGCUCGACGAGGAGGUAGACGGCCGAAGCAGAAAGAAGCGCAGGAUAGACGAGCAGAAGGGUCUGAGACAGCCCUUCGGUGCAAGGGUGGUGGUGGACCUGGGAUUCGAUGACUUGAUGAGUGAGAAGGAGAUCAUAUCUUUAACGUCGCAGCUGGCAUACACCUCUAGCGCUAAUCGUAAGGCAAUACGCCCAUUUGCUUCACUCUUAUUCACCUCGCUGAACGGCCGAACAUUCACGCGACUGGAAAACCUCACCAAUGCCGCAUAUAAGCGUUGGGUGGAUACCGAAUGGUGGACAGAAGGAUACGAACAAUUAUGGGAGGACCAGAAGGCAGAACGCGCGGACGUAGAAGGAGUGACAGAGGGAGGUGAGAAGAACGGCAACGGUGACGGGAAGGUGCACGACGCAACCGGAAAGAUAGAGGGUGGGCAUGACCUACAGGAGGCGGAUGCGAAAUUUAGACAUUUGGAGCUCGCACAGAAGCCACAAACCGCAGACAGAGAAACCGUAGUAUACCUCACAGCAGACUCUCCAGAAGAGUUGACGGAACUGAACGAAGGCAAAACAUACAUCAUCGGUGGCAUAUGCGACCACAAUCGGUACAAGAACCUCUGUCAGAAGAAAUCCGUGGAAAGCGGGGUUCGUUCUGCGCGGUUACCUAUUGGGACAUACCUGUCUACGCUUCGCACGCGCAAGGUGCUUACCGUGAAUCAGACGAUCGAGAUUCUACUCAAAUGGAUUGAGACUCGUGAUUGGGAGAAGGCUUUCUGGGACGUUAUACCAAAGAGAAAAUUCCAAGAGAAGAGGAGCAGAAAUGGUGCAGUUAUCACUAACGAGGAAAAUGAGAGCGACGCAGAUGCUGAAGGGGCCCAAAACGGUGACGAUGGCGUCGAGAGGAUGGUGAUCGAUGUGCGAGCAUUGGAAGAAGCUGAAACAGAGAGUAUGGAUGGCGGUGAGGAGCCAAAACUUCCAGAUAUUGUGUAG